UGGACUCGAGCUGUGAAGCAGCACACUUUUAGAAGAAGAGCAAUGCAGUGCACAGGCUUGACCUUCUUCACCUUCAUAUGCCUUGGUUUGACAGAAGUCCUAGCAGAAAGGAUCAUUAAUGGAAGUCAAGCAAUGCCUCACAGCCGCCCCUAUAUGGCAGCCUUAUUCAAAGGAUUAAAGUUUAAUUGUGGUGGGUUUUUGAUUCAUGAAGACUUCAUCCUGACUGCAGCACACUGUGAAGCAUAUCCCAUGACAGUGCGACUUGGGGCCCACAAUCUGUCAAAAGACGAGUCCAGCAUUCAGGAGAUAAAAGUAAAGAAGAAGGAUGUCUUCCCUCAUCCAAAGUACAAUAAAUACAACCAAUGGAAUGACAUCAUGCUUGUGAAGCUCAGACCUGCUGCCAAACUGGCCAAAGGUGUGAAUAUAAUCAAAAUACCCAAGACAGACCAGGAUGUAAAGGUGGACACCAAGUGUUCAGAGGCAGGAUGGGGCAAAACGGCCACAGAUGGAAUGACAAGUGACGUGCUAAUGGAGGUGCCUGUAAAAGUGGAGAACCAGAGUGAGUGCGCUUCAAGGAAGAAUUAUCAUGAUCUAAAUGCCAACAUGAUCUGCGCCACUGGAGAUGGCAUCAAGGGCACCUGUAAGGGGGACUCUGGUGGUCCACUUGUAUGUGGUAAGCCUCCUAAUGCCUUGGGAAUUGUUUCCUUUUCUCAUCGAAAAAGCUGUGAGGAUCCAAACCGCAUUUCACUCUACACCCGGGUGUCUGCAUACCUGCCCUGGAUCAAGACCGUUUUGAAGAGCAAGGCCGACUGAUCAUCACAAGGCUUGUUCUCCUACUUGCAGUCCAUUGUUGCUUCCACUGUUUCCAGCCAGAGAUCAUUAAGCAUUCAUCAUGGGAUUGAAAUGAGACACAUGUCUUUAUCAGAAGAGAAAUUGUGCCACUUUUUCCAAGUUAUUUUUGGUAAUAAAUCACCUAAUGCAAUAAAAUAAAGUUUGAAAUUAAAUGUUAAUAUUUUAUGAAUCAAUGCUAAAUAUAUAUUACUUAUUAACAUAAUUCCCAAAAUAUAAAUUCUUUAUACUAAAUGCAUAUGGCAGCAUGGUGGAGCAGCUGUUAACACUGCUACUGGUUUGCUGGCUCUUUCCCACUUUAUCUGUUUUAGACAGAAUUUUGGUUCGUCUCCGUUCAUUAAUUACAUUUAUCUCUGCUUUAGGCUUAUUGCUUUGGAUCUUCCUGUAUCUGUCCUGUUGGGUUUCACUGGCAUUUAGAGACAUUUUGAUUUUAAAUAAAGAAGUAAGCAA